UUUUUCAUCAUUUAAAGAACUUGGGCAAUUAUUAAGAUGACAAGGUCGAAUUUUAUUUGUAUCUUUUUGUUCAUGUUUAUUGCCCUGAAUGUGAAUAAAGAAGUGCAAUCAAAUGAAGUCAAGCCAGAAACUGUGGUAAUAAAACCGAAAUUGAAGACUGUCUACCUGACACAAGAUUUCGAAGAAGGCUCUGAAGAGACGCAUGCGCGUUUGAAACGAAUGCCAAAUGCAUGUAGAUAUCCCCUAAGAUCAGAGGAUUCUGAGAUCCUUUGCAAGAUUUAUCCUAGUAAAGUAGUUUGCAACCAAACGUGCAUGUUCGGAUACAAGUUUAAAGAAGGAAGGACAAGAAUAAUGAGAUGCAGAUUUGAUGAAGACGUAUGGUCUCCUACAAGAACUUUUGAACAAUGUGAACAAUAUGUGGACUGUACCCUGUCUCUGGGACCUGGAGGCUCGAUGAAAUGUUACACAAAUUUCAUGGAGCACGGACCAAUAUGUGAAGUCGAAUGCAAGCAUUAUGAAGAUAAACCAGCAGUCCCUAGGAAACCUUAUCAGUGCGAUGAAACAGGGAAGUGGUCCCCUAGUCUCCCUUUCUGCGUCACUCCGGGCUCAGCAAUGUAUGAGGAUCCAGCAGCAGGCGAAGUAAGAAAAAUACCAUAA